AUUGGAGCCCCCGUCUAAUUGGUGAUUAACGGAAUGGAGGGCCGGCUCGUAAAUCUUUUUCUUUUUCCCCCUUCGUCUCCUGCUUGUUGUCUCUUUAAUUUAAGUGAUGCGUGGAGUAUACAAUGGCACGUUUAGAUGGAGAUCUCCAUGGAGUGGAUAGGUGCUAUUCUCGACAGCUCGACGCUGACUCCCGGGAAGCGCAACCAAGAUGCUGGUACCAAGCAUGAAAAUCAUAAGUGUUGAUGGUUCUUAGCAGCCGAAUCACCGCCGAGAAUUCGGCAAGAGAUCGAGAUGAGGACUGAGAGGAUCCAAUGCUAUUGAGCUAUUGAUGCUGAUCUCAAACCCAAAGUUGGCAUUUUUACCCUCUUGAGAAGUCACCCCACUUCCACAUGACUCGCCUGAGCUAUACUCCUUUGGGGCCUUCGUUCUCUUUUCUUCACAAUUCAUUAUCAUUGCUUUUGGCGAUCUUCCACUGAACUACCACAAUGUCAAUCGAACUUCCUGCAGGAUUCAUCUGAGAGAUCACUCCACCAUGUUGCAGCCACCUUAUCCUCUGAUGUCAUGGAACAUUCGGAGAUCCUUGUCCACAUCGCAGCGCCAUGCGGGGUGAGCGACGACGCCCACUACCGCGCUCAGGCUGAAGCUAUUCUCGGCUUCCAGAGUGCCUCAUGCCAGGUUCUAACUUUGAUACCGGGCGACAACAAUAAUAACCAUGAUUAUACCAUCUCUACCGCUGCUAGCGACGGAUUGCCCCGGCCCCAGUUGCCAUUCAACAACACGCCGCUCCAAGACCCCAUGAUCCCUACUAAUGAUACCUCCAAUUUUACGGCCAGUAUAAUAUCGAAUAAAACCAUCGGGUACGAGGAGAAUGAGCUGCCUAAUGGCCAAUCACAUGAUUGUUCCCUAAAAGACUAUCUCGAUAGUCCAGUGAGUGUCAUUCCGGAUUCUCAACCUGGAAGACCAUCUUCGGACACCGGCAACCUGCAGGAUGUCGACCAGCAGCUAUCUACCACUCGAGCUCAGGGCUCCCCAUGCUCUGCAGGCUUAACUCGUGCAAAGCGAUAUCAAACAGAGUUGCCACGGCUAAGAAGUGACCGAAAGAAACUGCGUCAUAGCCCGUGCACAAACGACGAAGCUAAUGCAAAUCAGAUCAGUGAUUCCGCGGUCCAGUCCACAGCUCUGUCGAUAUUCGCUAACACAAGCUUUCCUGUUCCCGUGGAAAUCAGACCUCCACUACCUCCCAUAUCAAAAGAACAGUUCACAACACAUAUCACUCCAACUCUAGAAAUGCUAGCCGCUCGUCUGAAGGGCCGGACAUACAGACCUCUCAGGCAAUUUAGAGACCUAGACAUAUUAGAAAGAGGAUAUUGGUAUCUCCGUAUUGAUGUUGUGGAGGCGGAGACGCAUGAGCCCAUUAUCUCCCUGCAGGAGAGCAACGGGGCUUGCAUUUGGGACAUGUCCACGUUCCGCCGCUUCUGGUUAUUCUUGUCGGACUUCAUCAAAGAAGGCCGUGCAGGGUGGGGCGUAUGGUGCAUACUGGAAGACGUGCCGAGUGCCCAACUACCACACAAUACCCCGGAGUCAACGCUACGCGAAAUGGAUAUCCGUCAGCUGACUCUAAAAGCCUAUGCGUGGGGCGAAAUAGCUUCUCAUAUAUAUCUCCUCCUGUUCCUCGCUAGCGAGCGCCGGGUUCGCAAGAUGGGCGUUCAGUGGCGGGAUAGUCGGGAUGAUGUAGUUAUCCAGAUGCCUCGAUGAGAUAAAGUAAUCGGUGGCACAUAGUACACGAAACUAUGAGGGCGACCGAUUCUAAGCGACACCAUUUGUACAUACUUAAAACGACAUAUAAAGAAAGCAAUAUGAAUAUAUUGAAUGCCAUGGACGUAUCUAGUGGGGCGCACUAUUCUGCCAUAUACAAAAACCCACUGUACACUGUGAAGUCCAGUAUUGAGAGCCAAGUGGUUACAAUGA